GUGUCCAGGGCGUUGCCGUGAGCAACAUGAAGAAUGUAGGAGGCUCCAAGGAAGUCUUUGGAACACCAGUUGUGAAGAACAGUUUCUAUAAAGUGAAGCUGAAAGUUCCUGAAGACUUGCAGCAGAUGUGCGUAAAGGAAUCGGCUCAUAAAGACUUUUCAAAGGCAGUGGAAGCCUUUUCGGUGUCUUAUGACUCAGAGAAUGCCCAGCUGGUCAUCUUGUCUGACAAUGAAGUUACCAUUCAGAGGGUGAACAUGUUGGGUACCAUCCAUUUCCGAAGUCUUCGGACAAAAUUGUCUGUGAUAUCGAGAAUCAAAGAAGCCAGAAAGAAUCUGGAAAGCUUAUGUCUGUCAGUGUCUAGAUUCCAUGUGCAGUUUGAUGUACGAAAAGACUUGAUGCGCUCAGUAAUCGGCACUCAUGGCACAAAUAUACAACAAGCAAGGAGAAUCCCUGGGGUGACUGCUGUUAUUCUUGAUAAAGAUACAUGUACGUGUCAUGUGUAUGGUGAGAACCAAGAUGCUGUGAAGAAGGCAAGAAGUUACCUGGAGUUGGCUGAGGUGGAAAUGUGGGUUCCCCGAAACUUGGUGGGAAAAGUCAUUGGGAAGAAAGGAAGGCACAUUCAGAAGGUUGUCGACCAGUCAGCGGUUGUCAGAGUGAGAGUUGAGAGUAAUAAGAAGAGCUCCCAAGACGAGGGAAUGGUCCCCUUUGUAUUCCUGGGCACAAAGGACAGUGUUACUAAAGCAACCAUUCUACUGGACUACCACCUCAAAAGGUUGAAGAAAGUGGACCAACUUCAGCUAACUCGACCAAAGAGAAGGACAGAUGCAUGGUCGUGUGUGCACUGUCUUUUGAAGACAAGUGCUCAUCCCCAGUGGUCUGAGCAGAGAAGGGGGAUAUGUGACAGAGCCCUAGGAGAUGGGGACACGCGCUCUGGAGCUGAGAGGCAGAAAAAGAGGAAGCAGGGGACCAAGGUUGCCACGUCCACAUCAUCACCGCUAUCACUCUCCAUUGUCACACACUAUGACAACACAGGAUUCAGCACACAAAUAUCACAGUCAGAAUCAAGCACAACAAAUGCACAACCAUACUUCACAGUUGACAGUGACACAAUUGAGAAUCCAAAUGGACUCACUACAUCCGACAACAUCAUAUCCUACAACACCCAAAAAAAGAGGCAAUCAGGAAUGGCUAUGGGCACCAGGUUCGCCCCGAGCUACACCAAGUUAUUCAUGGCGGCAUGGGAGGAAGACAUAAUUACCCCUGUACUCGGCGUGAACCUGGUGCUCUGGAGAUGUUACAUCGAUUGCAUUAUUUUAAUUUGGCGGGGUGCCCAGUGUGAGUUGGAGAGCUUUAUUCUCGGCUUAAACACUAAUAGCUAUAGUCUCAAAUUCACUUCCACCAUCAGUAAAACCAAAAUAGAAUUUCUAGAUUUAGAGAUAUUUUCUUCUGACACCCAACUCCAGUGCAAGACCUUUACCAAACCAACUGCGAAAAACAGCUUUAUCAAGUUUGACAGCUGCCAUCUACCUAAAUGGUUGAUAAAUGUCCCUAAAGGAAAAUACAGAAGGCUGAAACGCAACUGUACCUCAGACAUUCAUUUUCAAGAAGAAGAAAACAUAUGA